GUUUCUUUGGGCGGGCCAGUGGGCGGGGCCUAGGUGGGCGGCGCGCCGCGGGCGGGCCAGUGAAGCGGGCGCCCCCGACACGUGAUCUGGAACCGGCUGUGUCGCUUGGUGACUCCGUCUGUCCGUCCGUCCGCGGGUGCCAUCAUGGCGGACGCGGCCAGUCAGGUGCUCCUGGGCUCCGGUCUCACCAUCCUGUCCCAGCCGCUCAUGUACGUGAAAGUGCUCAUCCAGGUGGGAUAUGAGCCUCUUCCUCCAACAAUAGGACGAAAUAUUUUUGGGCGACAAGUAUGUCAGCUUCCUGGCCUCUUUUGUUAUGCUCAGCACAUUGCAACCAUCGAUGGGAAGCGUGGGUUGUUCACAGGCUUAACUCCAAGACUGUGUUCAGGAGUCCUUGGAACUGUGGUCCAUGGUAAAGUUUUACAGUAUUACCAGGAAUCCGAGAAACCCGAGGAGAUAGGAUCUAUAAAUGUACAAAAAGAAGGCUCAUCCUCCUUUGACCGAGUUAUCAAAGAGACAACUCGAGAGAUGAUUGCUCGUUCUGCUGCUACCCUCAUUACACAUCCCUUCCACGUGAUCACUCUGAGGUCCAUGGUACAGUUUAUCGGCAGAGAGUCUAAGUACUGCGGACUAUGUGACUCCAUAGUAACCAUCUACCGGGAGGAAGGCAUUGUAGGAUUUUUUGCGGGUCUAAUUCCUCGCCUCCUUGGUGACAUCAUUUCUUUGUGGCUAUGUAACUCACUGGCUUAUCUCAUCAAUACCUAUGCACUGGACAGUGGGGUUUCUACCAUGAAUGAAAUGAAAAGUUAUUCCCAAGCUGUCACAGGAUUCUUUGCUAGUAUGUUGACAUAUCCCUUUGUGCUUGUAUCUAAUCUUAUGGCUGUCAACAACUGUGGGCUUGCUGGUGGAUCUCCUCCUUAUUCCCCAAUAUAUACUUCUUGGAUAGAUUGCUGGUCCAUGCUACAAAAAGCGGGAAAUAUGAGCCGAGGAAACAGCUUGUUUUUCCGGAAGGUUCCAUGUGGGAAGACUUACUGUUAUGACCUGAGAAUGUUAAUUUGAAGAUGUGGGGCAGGGACAGUGACAUUUCUAUAAUCCCAAUGCACAGAAUUAUGGGAGAGAAUGUUGAUUUCUAUACAGUGUGGCACGCUUUUUUAAUAAUCACUUAAUCUUGGGAAAAUGGAGGUGAUUGGUGUCUGGCUUUUUUGUUCUUUGUCCUAGCACAACAUCAUUUACCACUGGUGUUCCCCAUUAGUUAUUUGAAAUGGGACCUUUAUUUCUCUAAAUUCUUGUUUUAAACAGAAAACAGACAUAUUUUACUUAAGGAACAAAGCAGGUUGUUAUGUAGAUUUGAGUCUCAGGUUAGGACUUUGUCAAAUGAAGAAUAGAAUCCCAAUAAGAAGGAACUAAUUCUAUAAGAGUUAAUAAAAUUAAGAAUGCAUACCAUGUGGGAGUCUAUGAAUUACCUGAGCAGAUAGAUACUAGAAAGUCAGCAGCACCUAGUCUACCUCCCACCAUGCUUGCAAGCAGUCGGCCCAUCUUACCUCUCAGUGCUGCCGAGCUACUGCAGAGAUUUCUGCCUUCUGUUACUAUAGAAGAGAAAGUCAUCACCACCAACAAAGAAAAAAGUCAGUUACAAAGCCUUAAGCAAGGUUUGGGAAGCAAGUACGAUGGCCUUUCACUCCAAAGAAGCUCUUUUAGCUUCUUGUAGCACGAGAAGCAAACUGUAGCACAACAGUAGCUCCUAAGUGCUUAGUGCCCACCAGCCUCUAAGGUCUGUCUUCACUGCGGUUCCCAUUGCCUAUAAGCUUCUGCUUCUAAGCGUUUGCUUCCUUUUUGUUACUGCAGAAGGUGAGUAGUUUGGCUUUCAUUUCUGAUGACACCCUUGAAAAGUAUAUUUGUAACUCCUUAUCUGGUGACUGGGACUGAAGUCCAUAUGGUUCCUAGGAUAUUGUCCAGCUCGCAUGUCAGACCCUCAGGCAUAUUAAAAACACUCAUGGAGGAAAAAAAUCACUUUAGAAGGAAAAUUUUCAACUCAAACAUUGAGCUCCUAUUCACUCAGGCCUUUUAAUGGCAGGUUAAAAUGCUCAUAAGAUGAGAAAGCCCUAAGGUGUAGAUUCACUGGUACUUUGCCAAAUGAGUAAGCACUGACUUUGCUACUUUUAGACUUCUAUCAAUGCAGCAGAGUCCAUGGUGUUAGGUAGUGUGAGCAUGCAGGGUCUCCUCCCACUCAGGGUUAGGGAUGCAACCAGAAGCUCAUGAGUAGCUUAGCUUGAAAUGUCUUUGAUGUCAAAAGUACUUUGUCUUAAAAGCAAUGUAAAUUUUAUAUCCUAUUCAAUAUUAUCUGCAUCUGUUUUAAUAUAAAAUGUGUUUUUGCAUUAC